GGCCUUAUAUAUUAUCGAAGAUCUUGCUCUCUCUCUUACGGUGUGAAUGUUAUCUUAUAUGAUCGUGCCUGCAUAAUCGGCGAACAGUUCCAGUCCAACUGGUCCUCGUGUACUGGCGUACAUGUUGAAAAUCUGCGAGUCGUAAUACAACUCCAGUUGGCAUCGACAGUGUAUUCACGUGAUCAAUCUUCCGAUUAAUUUCGACACGUGUUGCCUCAGGCUCAUUUUAGGACAUUGCGUAGUGUUACUAUCUACAUAUCCUUUGGCAAUUAUAAUGAAAUAUUUCGUAUGUAUGAGGAGAAAUUCUAUUCGCGACCAGCUGGAAAUGUUUGAUCUUGGAUCGAUCAUACGUUAAUCAUCAACGAAUUUUCGGUAACAACAGCUACCGUGGACUCACACUAUGAAUUCUUCUAUUCAUGUACCACUUGUAAAGUGGACAGUUCCAGCGGUAGCUCUUGUCGUCGCUCUCUUUUGGUACAAACGCCGUCGGAUAGACAGAGAUGAACUUCAAUGGAAUGACUCAGGGGGAACUGCAAAAUCGAACUGUGUAGAAAAAGCGAUUUCAAAUAAUACGCAGGAGGUUGACACUAACAUUUAUGAUUCCGGCGUUCAGAAAGAGAUCAAUCAGGAAUCCUCAAUUGACUGCUGCUACAUGCAAGAAGAAGAACAGACUUGCAUCCCAAGAAAGGUCAGCGAGGAUAUUCCAUUAAAAAAUUCAGCGUCAGAAUUUGCUUUUUGUAGUAGCAGCCAGAAUAUGUAUAAAGAUGUUGAAACAAUAUGCAGUACAGAAGCAAAGUUUGACAGUAGUAGUAAGUCGGAUACAAGCUUGUUUGAAACGAUCGCUACAAUCGUAUCCUCUAAGUUUAAUAAGAACGAUGACGAAUCGAGAAUAUUUCAAAAUGUUGCUAAUGAGGAGCAGACUAUGCAUUGCGAGACAAGGUCGCUUGAACAAAACUAUACGGACGAAUAUCAUUAUAAGGAGGAUGAACAGCAAUCUGAGGAACACACUAUCAAAACUCAGGGACAAGAGGUUGACGAAAGGGACUCGGCCAAUCACAGUCCGGUUUCCGUAGUUCUGGAUGGUAGUGUCACGGACGAAGCUGGGAGCGAAGGAAGCAACACAGAUAGCGGAAAAGGUGGAAGUAUUAAUGGAUGCAGAAAAGACAACAUUGCAUCAUCCACGUACGAUUUUGCUAUACCACAACAUUUAGUGGGCAGAUUGAUUGGCCGUCAUGGUAGCUUUUUACACAAUAUUCGUACAAAGGCAAACGUCGGCAUAUAUGUCAAUGAUCACCCUUGCGAUGGCGAUCAUAAGAUUUGCUCGAUACGAGGCAGUGUUGAGGGAAUUAAUGUCGCACUUAAAAUGGUAAGGCAGAAGUUUCCAGAGAAAAGGUUCCCGCAAGUAACAUUAGCGGAGAUCUCAACAAUAUCCGAGGUGAAUGAAGAAGUUACAUACAAUGUCUUUAUACAACGACCUCUGUCCCUGGUUGAUGGCGUUAAUAAUGACAUUAAUAUCUGUCACAUUGUCAAGCCAAAUUGGCUCUUUGUUCGUCUUCCGACUCAUCCGUCAUUUCCCCUUUUACAAAAUUUAGAAGAUAGCAUGCAGUAUUGGUAUAACACAGAAUCGGUACCAGUUCCGGAUGUAUUGAACAAAGGCGAUUACGUAGCUGUAUAUUGGAUGGAGAAUUGGGUCAGAGCAUAUAUUGAAUGGCCAGAUCCAUCAGGAGAGAGAAGCGUAGUGCGAUUACUCGAUUAUGGCGGUUAUUGGUCGGUUAGCAAUUCGGAAUGUAGACCAUUGAUAUUAAAUUAUUUAAGCUUGCCCUUCCAAGCGAUUGAAGUCUUUUUAGCAAAUAUUCAGCCAAAAAAUGGUAAAUGGUCGUCAGAAGCUUACAAUGUGGUACAAAAUUGUUCUUCAAAGGGAGUUGCACAAGCGCAGAUUGAAGGUCGUAUUCAAAGCAAUACUUAUGCAAACAUUUAUUUUAUCAUACAAAAUUACGGGGUAAUUUCCCUUACUGAGGAAUUGAUAACGAACGGAUACGCUGAAAGAGUAGUGUGGGAGGACAUGCAGCCAGAAACACUUGAAUCCAUAUGUACAUAAGAGUUGUAAAAAAAACUCUAAAAUUUUCAGAUUUCCUACCGUAUUAUCAUAUAUAAUCCACAGUUCUUAGUCAGUAUGGACUAGAGUUUAGUACAAUCGCGUCAAAAUUUAUUUUGCUUUUUGACUUCGUUCUAUACUUGUAUUUCUUAAUUCUUUAUUGAAGUCUGUGAAUAUUCUGACAUAUAUUUCCUAGUGAUUGAUUAUAUACAUAGAGAAAUUAUUAAUGCAGUAUAUAUACAUA